CACUCAGGGCGAAGAAUGUGGACCCCAGCCACCCCAGAGAGGCCUUGGAGUGAAGCCGGGCCAAGUAUCCCCGUGGCUGGAGCACUGCCCUGGGCGGGUCCUGCUGCCCGCCUGGCCCCUUCCUACAAGAAUCUGCAUGCUUCGUCCCUCUGGGUUCCUCCCUCACCAACCUACCUGGAGGCAGGUCAUAAAGCAGGAGGAGGGAGAUGGAUGGAUGAGGAGGGCGGAGAGCCACGUGGUGCCAUAAAGCCCCAGCUAGAGAGGGCCUGUCCCGGAGUGUCCAGGCUGCAAGAGUGCAUGCUCAGAAGGUGGACUGUCAGCCUUGGGAGCCGGAGCCGGGGCAGCGAGGCCCAGGAGGAGGCCAUGCACCAAGGCGCGCCAGGACCAGGCCUCAGGGGCCUGAAGGGGGCUGAGGGCUCUCCUCAAGACUUGGGGAACUCUUGCCUGGAAGCCGAGAGGGAUUUUGGGGUGCUGAGAGAGAACGGGGGCCCCCGAGGCCUGGGCGAAGCGGAGGAGGUCGCCGGAAGUAGAAAACGCAGCCGGCCUGUGCGGUCCAAGGCGCGGCGCAUGGCCGCCAACGUGCGUGAGCGCAGGCGCAUCCUGGACUACAACGAGGCCUUCAACGCGCUACGCCGCGCGCUGCGGCACGACCUGGGCGGCAAGAGGCUCUCCAAGAUCGCCACGCUGCGCAGGGCCAUCCACCGCAUCGCCGCGCUCUCCCUCGUGCUGCGCGCCAGCCCCGCGCCCCGCUGGCCCUGCGGGCACCAGGAGUGCCACGGGCAGGCCGCGCGCGCCGGGGACGCGAGGGACCCGGGCUCCAGCCCGCCGGCGCCGCCGCCGCCUGCCGGGCCCUUCGCGCAGUGCUGCGCCUCAUGCCACCCGCAUACGCCCCUGGGACGACCUAGGGCGGUGGCCGAGGCCCUGCCGGGCUGGGCCCAGGCCUCCCCCGGAAGCUGGCGCCGAAGUCUCGGGGCUCCCUCGGACUGGCCGCGGGGCCUCUUGCGAGCGGGCCCCGGGCUGGGCCACCAACACUCCUGACCGGGCACCGAGCGCAUUGAAGGGCAAGGAAGGAGCCAACGGCAGGAUGACCACAGAAUGGGAAGAUUAGAAAGCCAUCCCUGGCAGAACUGAAUGGGCUGAAGCCUGACGGGAAAGGAAGCGCUUUGUCGGUGGGAAGGAACUCUGGGCCGCACCUCCUAGAACCCCGCGAACCCAGCCAGGAGCCGGAUUCUUCUGGGCACUUACCU